AUGAAUACCGCGCCUCCAGAUAUGUACUACCAAACUACGCACAUGUCUGCAGGUCCUGCACCGCAACCACAAACUGUGACAUCAAACGCGCUACCUCAAUAUGGCCACCAGCAACCAACAUUAUUACAACCAGGACCGGCACAGUACUCUGCUCCUCCAUAUCAAUAUGGCUACGCGAACGGAUUGACGUCCCCUCAGUCUGCUCCGCCGGCCGUCUCCGGUUCCAUGGGUGCCCAAAAUGUUCUACCUCUCCCCGGAGUUCCCAAUCAGGGAGGCAUGCAGAAUCAGUACCAAGGAUUUGACACGACAGGUCAAAUUGCGCCGCCGGGGAUGAAACCCCGCGUUACGGCCACACUUUGGGAAGAUGAGGGCAGUUUAUGCUUUCAAGUUGAAGCUAAGGGUAUUUGUGUUGCGCGACGUGAAGAUAAUCACAUGAUAAAUGGCACAAAGUUGCUCAACGUCGCUGGAAUGACCCGUGGCAGGAGAGACGGGAUUCUGAAAAGCGAAAAGGUACGGCAUGUUGUCAAGAUUGGGCCCAUGCACCUCAAGGGAGUGAACCGAACAAACCAGGUCAUGGCGGCAGCCGAGCGCCGGAAACAAGAGCAAAGUCAAAUGCGGAACGGCCCGGGUCCGGCACCUCCUGGUGGUGUCUUGCCCUCAAUACAGCAACAUCACCACCACAUGGGAUUACCAGGACCCCAACCUCCACUUCCGUCCCACAACCCGGGACGGCCGUCCCUUGAUCGAGCACACACAUUCCCGACGCCGCCGACAAGCGCAUCAAGUGUGAUGGGAAGCAUGGGUGCAUCUGAGAGUUUCCAAUGGGGUCAGCAAGGGAUGAAUGGCGGCCAAGGUCCCAACCCUAUGUCCAUCGAUACGGGUCUUAGCAACGCUGCACGAUCCAUGCCAGCUACUCCCGCAACUACGCCUCCAGGAAACACACUGCAGAGUAUGCAGCCUUACUCACAGAGUAGUCAACCUUACGACAGUUCCCGUGCGGUAUAUAAUGGCCAAACUACUCAACAUUCACCAUAUCCUCCGUCAAAUAGCAGCCCGCAGGAGAGGAACAUCUAUGGCCAACCGAGUUCCUACAUGAAGAGCGAGAUGGGCCCUCCGGCUGGGCGUCCAACUGGACCUAAUGAGCAGGCUGAUGUUAAGCCGUCAAACGGACUACUACAACAUAAUGACGGUGUUCCUCACCAGUCCGGCGAAGAUGAAGCCGAGCAUGAGGCCGAAUAUACUCAUGACAGCGGUGCUUAUGACACCAAUAGAACAUCGUAUAAUUAUAACGCUCCACCUGUUACGGCGUUACAAGGCGAUCACCAACAUAUUCCUGAGAUAAAUGGAUCGCCUAAUCAUCAAGGCGGAUCUGGACGAGCCACACCCAGAACCGCUGCACCACCGCAACCAUAUUACGCUCAGCAGACAGGAUACAGUACGCCGCCGCGUGUGCCACCCUCGAGCAAUCUUUAUAAUGUAAUGAGUGGCGACCGGGCGCCCACUAAUGGCGCGCCACCGCCAGAUGUUUAUAGCUCGCAAAAUGAUAUGGGCGCUCCAAUGCAAAAUGGUUAUGCUGCUCAGCCAGUUAUGAACGGCGCAUCGGGCGCCUUGAAAAGAGGCCGCGAUGAUGAAGAUGAUCUGCCUCGUCCCUCGAGCGGUGGGCUAGACUUGAAACGUCGAAAAACGGUGAUUGAUGGGCCCAUUGCUUCCGGAUACGAUACAAUGACCCGCCCUACUUCGGCGGUGGCCCGUCGGCGAUAG